UAUAUAAGUUCUAGCUGUUGUAACCGAGGCAUAUUCUGAAAGUCUGCAAUGGCUUCCUUGCUCUCUCUACCCAACGAAAUUAUACAGGAGAUUGGCCUUACGGCUGAAAUGCCCGACCUCAAAUCUCUUCGUGCAGUAUGCCUACGUACAUGCAUUUCUCUCGACCCGGUCUUGUUUCCCUCACUGACCGUCCAUUUAAACCUGGCUGAAUUCAAGUACCAUCGUAUCAUCUUCCCUGUCCCAUUAAUUGACAAUCUCGCUGCCCAUCGCACACCUAUUGCGCGAUAUGUACAACGCCUCUCAGUAGUUGUAUCCACCCAACGUUCUCCGUCGGUUCCGAAAUUCGAUCGCAAGCUCCAGCAUAAUAACUCUGCUCUCGGGCAACUAAAGAAUGACUUACGACCAGCUUUGGCAUCCUUGAUUAACGUCGUGUCUGCUACGGUUCGAUUCGACACGCAUGGUAUUCGCACCAUUCCUGCUUGGGUCAUUGACGAGAUCUUCCAAGGCUUGAAAAUUCUUCCUCUACUCGACGACGUCCACAUAUCUCAGCCAGACCUUAAUCUACCGUUCCUAUCUUCGAUCAAACAUUUAAAUGGAUUAAGGACGUUUCAUUGGAAUGGGUCAGGUCACUGUCACCGUACAUUAGAGAAAGGCUUGGCCCUUGCAAUUGCGGCCUGCCCGGACCUCGCGCAUUUGGAACUGAACGGUGAUUCCAUGACUGCAAAUGACCUUCCCUACAUUUCGCAUACCCACUCUCAACAUGGCUAUCAUCUGUCUCGUCUGUUCCGCUAUGUGUCCCCCGACAAGCCUCUUCUCCUCUCUUAUCUCGACAUUCGCGAGUGGAACGUCUCCCAUUCAGCCUGGCUGUACCCCAACCUUCGCUCCCUACAAACCUUGAUCAUACGUGACGGCUGCGACGUUUCCCCACACUUCUGGAACGGCCUUGUGAAGGAACACGUCCGGAUUCCGGACCUUACCUUGAUUGUUGGUACCGAUCCAGCACCGCUUCAUUUUCUCCGAUCAAAUAAGGAGAUGGUGAGGUUGGUUCUAUGGACGGCGCUCAAAGACUUUGGGGAGGAAUAUGAACAUGUAGAACGUAUGGGGAAGGCAUUCUUCAAGGACGUGUUGCCUCUUCUUUCGGGUACAUUGGAGGAGCUCCAUAUUAAGCCUAGGAUGCGGGGGAAAUGGGGAUAUGGAGACCAUGCAACUGACUCGAUCACGCAAUGCAAGCAACUGAAGGUCUUGGGGAUACAUGUAUCCGACUAUGAUUCUAUGGCAUCUUUAUUAGGCAUCAUCAAAGUGUUGCCCGCUUUGCGUACGCUGUAUCUGUACGAAGCUCCCACUCGCGAGCGACCUUGGCACGCGCGAGGUUCCGUCGAUACAGAUGCUUUAGAGAAGUUUCGCAUAGGAGACACCAAACGCGAGGAUGUGGUGCGUAACCUCGAAGUAAUUCUUCCGCAAGGGGUGGUAUACAAACCAGAGUUAAUGAUUGAUGGAGAGAAGCCAUCCUGGUUCUUUAAGCGCCUCCAAUCAGUGUAAUUCUUCGUCCUGAAAUUUGUAGAGGUCAAUUCCUCAAAGAAACCGUAGGGUGGUACGCUUCAAUCUAUGAUACUUACUGUUACCAAUGGCCUAAGGAGUUUUGAAUCAAUGAUUCGUGCGCAAAAUUAGUUUAUGGCUAUGUUCUUACGCUUCACAUCAGCCCACUCCGUUCAGGGAACAUGUUUCAUCGUAUCCUCGCGAGGAUCGCGUUUCUUAGUUGAAUUUGAGGGCCCUG